AUGAAUUCGAAAUUAAAAAUUUUACAUAUUAUUGCUUAUUCACAUCUAGAUAUAACUUAUCUUUAUGCUUAUCGUUGGGAAAAACUAAUUUCACAAAAUUUUCCUCUAUUAGAAAAAUUUUCUUUAUGUUUUCGUGAAUCAGGAUAUGGUCGUAAUUGUCCGAUUUAUGAUGGAGAAAGAAAUCAAUUCAAUUCACCAUUUUGGAUUCAACGAAAUUUGAUUUUCGAUAUAGAGAUUUAUGAAUAUAAUAUUCAAUAUUAUGUCCGUUCAUACAAAAAAAGAUGGUAUAAUUAUAUAAAUUCUUCUCAUGAACAUUCUAAAUCAACUCAAUUGACAAUCAAAUAUGUUUAUUCUGGUGAACCUGCUAAUAUUCUAUUCAAUCGAAUUAAAUGUGUUUUAAAUGUCACACAAAUUUCUCAUUUAAAUAUUGAGCAACACAUUCUUAAUGAAAGUUUAAUGCAAAUACUACAUUUAUUACCUGAUCUUAUCUCAAUAAAUUUAUAUUCUUUAGAAUUUUAUCGAGAUACUUCAGCUUUAAAUCAAGAAUAUCCUACAACAUCUGCAUUCGAACAUGCAAAAAAUAUAAAAUAUGUUUAUUUGGACACGGCAUCUACUAUUAAAGAUAUUUAUUUUCUCAUGUCAUUUUGUCCUCAAAUGGAAUAUCUUAGUGUUGAAUGUAUAAAAAAUAUAAAUAUUGAACCAAUUUUAAAAGAAAUUAAUCAAAAACAUUAUGAAUAUUUACAUUUAUUAUGUAUUUUUAUAAGAACAGCAGAUGAUCAAAUGAUAAAACAAUUAAAUCAAAUGAUUUAUGAUGAAAAACUUUUAUUAGAUUAUACAAUUCAGCGACAACGUUAUCAUAUUUACUUCAAAUAG